UAAGACUGAGACAUACCGACAGUCUCUGAGAGUCUCAGUGAAGAUGCGGCACCUCCUCCUCCUUCUCAUCCUCCUGUCCUGUGUUUCCAUGGGAGUAGCAGUGGCCGGUUGCCGCAGUGACCGGGACAAGGACCACCGGCCCAGGGAGAACUGCACAGCAGCCGGCUUCAGCGACAUCCCAGUGGGGCUUGAACCCACGACAAUGAUCCUGUUGUUUCCCAGUAACCUGUUCUCCAGUCUGUCCUGGUCCUCCUUCCAGGUCUUCCCAGAGAUCUAUGAGAUCGACCUCACAGGAAACAAGGUUCCAGAGGUAAUCCCGACUGCUAGUCCCAUUCUCCCCACACUUAGUGUCCUCAGGCUGGGAUCAAACCGUCUGACCUCCCUCCCUGACGGCUCCUUCUCUGCCUGCCCAGGUCUGACUGAACUCUACCUGGAAAACAACGCUAUCAACUCUCUGAGUGAUCACACCUUUUCUGGACUCACUAAGCUGGAGAUCCUGGACCUGUCAUCUAAUCACAUCAAGGUGCUUCCUCAAAGUAUGCUUCACCCCCUCCCAGCCAUAGAAACUCUCUACCUGGAGAAAAACAAGAUCAGCAUGAUGCCCGAUGAAUGGUUCAGCCAAAAGGAGGAGGUACCUUAUCUCUACCUCUCAGCCAAUCCCUGGUCAUGCACCUGCUCCCUUGGUUAUUUGCGCAGGUACCUUGAUGACUAUGAACACAACGUCUAUGUGCGGGAUGGUCCUGAUAUCAAGAUUGAUGUAGAAAGCGUGGUGUGUGACUUUCCCCAGCAGCACAAAGGUACACCUGUAACAAGUCUGGAAGAAUCCGAUCUGUGUUCAGCAUCUCGUCCACGAGGAGAUUUCUACCAGCCAACUACUCAGUACUCUUUUUAUCCAUCGACUUCUCCUCCAGACACAGCUCCUUCUACUUCUUCUCCUCUCGAUUCCACAACAUUUGUAGAUUUAUACACAAUGCACACAACAAUCACAAGGUCCUGGUAUGAAGUUAUCACCAGCCUUAUUGAAUGGUCAGAGUAUUCACACAAAGAGAUAACAACAGUUGGGUUUCAUGACUUGACCACUCAUUCUACUACUUCUACUGCCAGACAUUUGACUAAAACUCAAACAACACCUGUUGAAACAACCACAACUAUUGCUGUAACUACAACACUGCCAACAACAACAAUGAACAUAGUCACAACCACCACCAUUGAGGCUACCACAGCCUCUGAGGCACUCACCACCACUAAAUCCAGCCCCGAUGAAAAACAGGAACGUGAAAAAUCUAUUUCUUCCAGGCCUGCAGGGCUGUUCUGCAUUUGGCUGUUUGCGGGCUGCCUGGUGCUCUGUGUGGCAUCAGCUGCAUGUAUAUUGGCAACUUUAGCUAGUAUGGUCAUCUGGUACAGGAGAGUGUAUAAGCCUCUAUGUUUGCGGUUAGCGAGGAGAAGAGGAGGAAGUGAAGGACUGAUGCUGUUAACAUACAACAGGGUGGAAGGGAAGGGAGUGGGAGGUGAAGGAGUAAUGGCGCUUUAUCGCUCUGUUCUUUUGGUCCACAGAGAGGCAGGAGAAGGUAUGCAAAGUGAAGAUGUAGGUGAAGGAGGGGAAGGAGACAGGAAACAAGGACAGCUUGUCAUUCUAAAACCUGCAGGUGGAGAAGCAACAAGGGAGGAAGAAGGAGAAAGAAAUGGGAAGGAGGAGCGAGCAGUAUAUAAGAAGACUUUGUACCGUCUGUUAAGCAAAGAGGAGGAGAUAGAGGGAUGGAGGGAUGUGGUGGAGGAGUGCAGAGUGUCUGAAGAAGAUGGAGGUCAAAAAGGAUAUCGGGGGAUAGUAAGAGAGAGGAGCAGAGGUGGAGAAGGAGUGUCCAAAAAGCGCUACAGUGUGAUUCUGAGGGAGGAGAGACAGGAUGUGGGGGGCGGUAAAGAAGAGCUGGACUGGGUGGUGGGCGGGUGGGAAGUGAAACGAGGAGGGGCGGAGACAGAAGAAGAGCCAAGGAGCAGCUGGGGGGAGUGGCUGGCACACUAUUUACCCAGCAUGCCGUGGGGAGUUACCACACCUCCUGAGGCCGAGGCAGCCCUCUGAUGUCAUCAGUGGAAAAGAACCUCUAGUGCUUUGAAAAACUUGUAUGCUAAAUCAACUGAUACUUGAAAUAUUCAAGUUUUUAUUUACUUUAAGUCCCCUUCUGCACUCCUGUAGCUUAGUCCAAUUCUUACGUUCAUUUUUCAGGUCUUCAGUGUGCAUUUUUAUGCUGAUGACAUCAUCUUUUUUUGCCAUCUGACUAAAAAUACU